AUCGUGGCCGUUUACUGAAAGUUUUUUUUUACCUUUCUACUGAUUCUCGAAAGAAUUUUACGCAUGCGGCCAUGUGACAUGAGUCAACACAGAUGACACCUGAUACCUUUCACUUUUCAACUGUCAUUUUCGCAUGCAUACAAUAAAUAUCAAGCACGUGUCGUAUUGUUCUCAUUUUCGGUCACAUUUUUCCAAUUUUCUCCUUCAAACUUAAAUUUACCCACUAUUUAUUAGUAGCAGUAUUUUUUCUAUCAAUUUUGCACUUUUUUAUCUUCAUUCUCUGCUUGGGACAGGAAAACGGUAAAAUAAUAUACACAAAGUAGGUUGCGGUUUGUUCACUGGGAAAAGCAUUGCGUGUAAAUAAUUCACUGAAAAUAAAUAAUGAGUCAAUUUAUAUCAGUUCAAGUCGGUCAAUGUGGAAAUCAAAUAGGCUCGGCUUUUUGGCCACUGGUAUUAAACGAGUAUGGAAUUCAAACAUCUAGUAACAGCGUACAGUUAUUGAAAACACAAAAGGAUCAUGUUAAAAACACAAGAGAGCUAUCGGAAGCAUUUCACAGUUUUUUCCACGUUCCUGGAAACAAAGGAGACUUGUCGUUUAAAACGUUAGCAGAUCUCAAUGCUGCUAAAGUCAAAGCCAGGACAGUUCUCAUCGACAUGGAGGAUAGCGUUGUGUCUCGAUACAGACAAGGACCUUUAAGAGGUCUCUUCGAUCAAACGUGCAGCGUUACAAAUUAUCCAGGAUCUGGAAAUAACUGGGCAGUUGGGCAUUACACUCAUGGCACAGAGUAUCGUGAUCGAAUAGAUGAAACUGUGAGGCGAGUAGCAGAAAGAUGCGAUUGUCUUCACGGAUUUAUGAUAACAAACUCCGUUGGUGGUGGUACAGGUUCUGGCCUGGGUACUGCUGUUUUGUCUUUCUUGGAAGAUAGUCACCCUCGUGUUGACAGAUUUGUAUCGUGUGUGUUUCCAUCAGGCACUGAGGAUGUUGUAACGGCUCCAUAUAACGUGUUGCUAGCUUCAAGAGAGCUUUUAGAACAUGCCACAUGCGUCUUUCCAGUUGAAAACAAGGCACUCUUGGAAAUUUGUAAUACUCAAAUGUCUAAGAGGGAGAAUAUUGAUCAAGCUUCGUACAAUGGUAGUUGCCUACCCUUCCAAGACAUGAAUAGUAUUAUUGUUAAUAUGCUUUUACAUUUGACAAGUGGUUCACGAUUUCCCGGUAGCUUGAAUAUGGAUAUGAAUGAAUUGGCAACAAACCUUGUUACAUAUCCAAAGUUAAAUUACAUAUUCAGCAGUGUUAGUCCUAUUGCUUUGACUGCUUCAACAAUGCCUACAAUUCCGGGUACCAAGAUGCAAGAUCAGCUAUUUACAGAUGCUUGGUCUAGAAGCAAUCAAUUAUUAAAAACAGAUCCCUUGAGCCCCGGAUCCGUGAUUUUAAGCGCAGCUCAUGUUGUCAGAGGCACCACUUCUUUGACGGACAUGAGACGAAACAUUAAAAAAUUCCAGAGUAAAGCUAGAUUUACAACAUGGAGCAAAGAGGCAAUGAAAGUUGGAUUAUGUUCCGUACCACCUUUCGGACAUCCUGCGUCGCUCCUGUGUCUUCUAAACUCGACAGCUAUGUCCAAUAUGCUUGAAGUUAUAGUGCAACAAUUCGAUAAACUUUACAGCAGAAAGGCUCAUGCUCACCAUUACCUAGAGGUGAAUGGAUUUGAAGAAAAUCACUUCCAUGAAAGCCGAGAAUCCAUUCUGAAUCUAUCAAAGCAAUAUAUAGAACUGCAAAUCCAACAACCAAUGAACAUCCCACGACUACAGUUAUUGUAAACAGAUGCAGGUGAUAGUAAUAACAUAAACGUAAUUUUGUUCGAUUCGCCAAAUGGAAUUUCCAAUUGAUCUGGAACAACCAUAUCGGCAGAUACAAGCAUUUUAUUAGCUGUUAUAUUUUCUUGUUUACACGUGGAUUAUGAUACAGUUAAAUUAAUUCUAUACAGAAAUAAAAAAUAAAUUUUUCAUGUUAAGAGGACAGAAAUUGUACAGGCAAAGAUACUGCAUGCGUUAAGAGA